AUGGUGCGCCUCAUUCUGAAUCUAUACAAGUGCUUUGGCCGCCGAGCGAGUGAACGAGCCCCCCGUCUGAUUGGUCCGCUGCCGCGGGGCGGGGAAUAUAAACCGGGCCCGCGGAAGUGCUGCCUCUCGGCCGGGGGGAGCCGGGGGCUGGCGCCGCGCAGGCGUAUCUUUCAGAUAAACACGGGAAACUUCUCGUUGGAAGUGCAGGUGGAAGGCAGGCCCGGCUGGCUCCUGGCAUGUCACGAGCGGUGGAAUCUCUCCCUGGGGACUCUGAUCUGUAGGCAGCUGGGAUACCUCCAACUCGCCCGCCACAAAGGAGUGAACCUGACAGAUGUCAAGGUGAACGAUACGCAAGAGUUUGUUCAGAUUGUACCCAACCAGAAGAGCAGCAUUGAAGACGUGUGGCAGGAGCAGCUGUGCUUCAGGGCGAAUUGUGGCUCUGAAGUGCUCCGUUACAGGCGGCCACAGGUCUCCAGCUGGCUGGUCUUUGCCGGGAUUAUCGCCCACAUGUCAGUCCCACAGCAGGCCCGUGCAGUGGUGGAGAAAAUCAUCCACCACCCCCGCUAUGACGACAGGAGUCACAACUAUGACAUCGCACUGAUGAAACUCAGAGCGCCCUUGAACUUCUCCGGUGAGAGAGAAAUCCACAGAGAGCAGCGUUUUGCGGGUGUGUCUAGGCACUGUGCAUGUCAGUGUUUGCGUAUGUCGGGGGUUCCUGCUCAGUCUACAGGGGGCUGAGAAUGGGAAGCACGGCUGUAGCUGCUGUGCAGGGUGCAGCAUUCUAGGAAUAACCAGAACCUGUUAGGCUCCAGCACGACAAUCUGACACCUUUCACCAGCAUUGCAAAUGUGCUUGUGAUCAACUCUGUGUGCAACCCCAAUUCCCAACCUCCAAGACCCAUUGGAAACAUCUUCUAGCAUUUCCCUCCAUCUAUUAAUAGCAACAGGAUUUUCCCCCUCCACUGAAUUAAAAAGGAGCAAAUUUAUCUGUAUUGCCCCUUCCAUCUGCCACCAGCCUCUGCAGGUCCUUGAUCUUAUCUUAUCAGUGGGAAGGAGGUUAUAGUUUUCAUCUUGUUUAACAACAAUCUGGUUGUUCAGGCCAAAUGUAUAAAGCCAACAGUGAAGGCCAUCAGAUGCCCAACUUUGUCUGCAAGAACCUCACUAUUUCUUUGCAGCUAGGCCUGUAGACUGUUCUUCAGCUGGGGGUGUUCAUGGUACUAGAAUACAGGGAUGGGAGAUGAUCUUCUACCAGUUAUUUAAUGAAAGUUCAGGGGAGACAAUAAAGAUACCUGCUGAUAAAAUCUUACAUGGCCAAAGCAAGUGAGAAAGAUGGCUGACUGCAGCAUUAAGACUGGUGCCUUACCCAUCCAAGCUGUGUGUGAGGGCAAAGCAGCUGGGCUUGCCUGCUACUACUUGUACUGUCUGAGAUACUUGGCAUCUCUGCACACUCAGUCUGGUAAAUGCAGCAAGG